ACUUAUAGCAAGGCAGACAGCUCAGUAAGUGUCUUAACCGUUGGAAAUAUAUACCAGCAAGCAGGAAAACUUCUCAUCAUGUGCAGAGGACUCGAAUCACUGCCUAUCACAUGCCUGGAGAGGGCAAAGGAGCUGAAGGCUUUGUUCACCAGUUUACUACAAAAGUCAGAUCACAGCAUCACUGGCAAAAAUGACAAACUGAGGUUUAAUGUCGACGAGCCUUUGAAAUGGAGGGAGUCGUUUGACAAAUUGUUGUCCAGUCCAAAUGGACUGUGCCUGUUCAGAGCAUUCCUGAUCUCAGAGUUCAGUGAGGAAAACAUCGCCUUCUACUUGGCUUGUGAGGACUACCAGGCAACUAAACCUUCAAAACUGGCCACCAAAGCCAAGAAAAUUUAUGACGAGUUUAUUGGCUCCGAUGCACCACGAGAGGUAAAUCUUGACCAUGUGACCAAAGCCAUCACAAAGGAGAACAUGGAGAAUCCCAGACAGUCCUGCUUCAAUCUGGCCCAAGCCAAAAUCUACACCCUGAUGGAAAAAGACUGCUACCCUCGCUUCCUCAAGUCCUCUACAUACCUGGAGCUUAGCAGAAAGGCCAAGACAGGCUAACAAACUUUACUAAAAAAGUGUACUGCAAGCAGCAGACGUGAUAUGAUCACUCCUCAAAGGGACAUACGCUUACUGACGCACAGCGGACACUGGAAAGGUCCUCACGGAACAAAUACUUCAGCCCAAGGAGUUGGUGCCAGGCUGUGUAGUUAUUUUGGAGACCAGAGGGUGCCUACAGUUGGGAGACUGAGCUGGAAGCUAAUGGACAUGUGAAGCUGUGAGAAGAGACUGACACUAGACUGAGCUGUGUGUGGCUCUGAAAGAGACACCUGUACUGUGUAUACAGGGCUGCAUGAACGGCAGCCACAGUGGCAUAAAUUAUUGUUAUAAUAAUAAUAAUUAUUAUUAUUAUCAAAUGCAGAGUGACAUUAAUAAGUUGCUUUCAUACAACAAAACUACCACAGGGAGAGACUCUGUAGCAUUAGUGUUUAUUUAUUUAUUAUUUAUUUAAAGUACAUUUUUAUUAUGUGAAAGUAUGCUGUGCAGCGUGUAGGUAAAAUUUUGUAUUUCAUGUUUGUUUUUUUAUCUGAAGUAAUGUAUGUAAAAAUAAGUGCAUUGAAUAAAAGAUUACCAAUUUCCAGAGACAAA